UGUGUGAGGAUUGUUUACAUUUGCUGCAGCUCGUCAAAAAGGAGGAAAAACAAGAAAAAAAUGAAUCCUCCGAUGAUCAACUCGACCAGCUCCGUGUCUACAACAAAAAAGAAACGAGAGGCGGAGCGCUCCGUUAACUGGACGGUGGAGGAAACUCAGGUGCUGCUUUGCGCCUGGAGCGACGAGCGAGUCCAGAAGAGUUUGGCCGAAAACCUCCGAAACCGCCACGUCUUCAAACACCUCUCGGCCAGGAUGAGCGAAAUGGGUUUCUCUCGGAGUCCGCACCAGUGUCGACUCCGGGUCAAAACACUGAAGGCUAACUACGUGAGAGCCAAACUACAGAGGAGCGUCGACAGCUCACAGCCGUGCAGCUUUAAGUACUUUGCGGAGAUGGACGCUGUGUUGGGAAGGAGGUCAGCCAUGAUGGAGGGAGGACCUUAUUUUAUCUCUCCAGAUCGGCUUUCGGGGAUUCACCUGGACCCCAUUGACAGGACAGGGGGGAUGCCUCCAGAUUUAAACUCUAACACGGAGAUCGGUAUUCACUCUUACGGC